AUGGAAACAUUCAAAGCCCUCUUCUCCAAGCCUGAUCCUCAGGCCCAGAUGCGCAAAUGCAAUGCGUUGAUGAGGCAAAACAUCCGCAAGAUCGAUCGCGACAUCCAAACCGUUAAGCAGGUCGAAGCAAAGACGAAGCAACUCAUCCUCCAAGCCGACAAGCGAGGCCAACGCGACCCGACCCGUGCCAAGCAAGCUCAGCAGGAGGUCCGCGACUUUGCUCGUGAGCUCGUUCGCGCCCGAAAGACCUCAGCCCGUCUCAUCACAUCCAAGGCGCAGCUCUCCUCGGUACAGAUGCAGGUCCAGGAGGCUUUUGCCGUGCGCAAAAUCGAGGGUUCCAUCCGAGCGAGCGUUGGUAUCAUGAAAGACGUCAACUCGCUCGUUCGCCUGCCCGAACUGGCGGGUACCAUGCAAGAGCUGAGCGUGGAGCUGAUGAAGGCGGGUAUCAUCGAGGAGAUGGUGGAGGAUUCGCUCCCCACCGACGGCGAUAUGCUUAUGGAGGAUGAAGAGGCGGACGGCGAAUUAGACAAGGUUCUGGGCGAAAUUCUCAAGGACCGCAAGCAGCCCAGCCUCCCAGUGGCGCCUGUGCCGGAGCCCCAGAAGCCCCAGGAGGAGGAGGAAGAGGAGGAGGAUGCCGAGGCUAUGAUGGACCAGAUGCGCAACCGAUUAGAGGCGCUACGCAGUUAG